CCUCUCCUGUCCGUGCACAGUACCUCGCUAUAUACAUUUUGAGUUUUUUUUAACAGCAGCAUUUAAAUCGUCAGGGAUUUAAAAAACCAAACCUAUGUUUAUCAUGGGGAAAACAGUGUCCCUGCUCUCAGACUGUGCUUCUUUAUUGAUCUGAUCUAGUGAUUUGGCGUCAGCAGUACAGUGCGUGACCUUUAGUGAUAGCAGAUGAACAAUGGUGUGGACAUUUAGGUUACAGUGAUCUGUCUGUACUCCCUUCUGUCAGAGGUCAGACUUCUAUACCAAUUUACUACUUUUGAAAACAUAGAAGAUUACCUUGGAGCUGCAGAGCAUCUAUGUACAAGAAAGAGGACAAACUGUUGAACCAUGCAAGUAACAUUGGAAAUGGAAAACUGAGGACAACACAGUGAAUCGUGAUGUUUGUGUGACACAAACACAUUUGUUGCUUUUAGUAUUUUACAUUUUCGUAGGAAUUGAAAGAAAAAAAUAUAUAUUUUGUGUUCAGAUCUCCGAGGCAUCAAAAAGAUUUUAAAUUGGAAUUUUGAAGAGGUCACUUUUAUUCCAGGAGCGAGCAUUUCAUUGGAAUUGUUUGUCUGCAAACCUUCCCCAUUAACCUUUCUAUUGGGCCAGAGGUGACAGAGCGGAGAUUCCUCCUAAAGCCAUUACUAUAUGCUAACAUGACCGUGUAAUCCAAGAAUCACUUAUGUCGUGGCACAGAUUACUAAGAGAGAGGAACGAAGGUCAUGGUAGACGGUUCUCAUCCAGGGUCACUCAAAUCCUUCACAAUGUAUCUGCUACUAUGCGCCGCUCACAUCCCAGGAGAGGUUGGAGGACAAACUCCCAUCAAGCAUGUUCUGAUGACAUCAUGCAUCAGGACACCUUCCCGAUUUGUGCAGCUGACAUUGAGGAUCAGCUGAAGAAGCAGUUUGCCUACUUGUCAGGUGGAAGAGGUCAAAAUGGGUGUCCUGUCAUCACGUUUCCUGAAUACCCAGAAUUCAGUGAAAUCCCGGAGACUGAGUUCCAGAAUGUGCUGACAUAUUUAACCAGUGUUCCAAGUUUACAAGAUGCAGGUAUUGGAUUCAUCUUAGUCAUUGACCGAAGACUGGACAAAUGGACUUCAGUAAAAGCAUCAAUACUGAGAAUUGCGGCAUCGUUCCCUGGGAACCUGCAACUUGUCAUUGUUUUGCGCCCAUCGGGACUCUUCCAGCGCACCCUGUCGCAAAUUGCAUUAAAAUUGAACAAAGAUGACUUUAAAAUGAAGGUACCGAUCAUAAUGCUGAAUUCAGAAGCAGAAUUACAGACCUAUAUUGACAAGACACAACUGACACAAGAUCUGGGUGGCACAUUAGAUUAUUGCCAUAAAAACUGGCUUUUACAUCGCAUGGCUAUAGAAAAUUUUGCCCAAAUGGUUAAACAGACAGCACAGACUCUGCAGUCUUUUGGGACAGAGUUGGCGGAGACGGAGCUGCCUAAUGAUGUAUCUACCACCAACUCCCUCUUAGCUGUGCACACAGAGAAGAAGGACAGAAUGAAGGAUGACCUGAGGUUAGCAUUGAAGCAGGGAAGUGACAUCUUGAAGCAGAUCAGGCAGCACAUUAGAGAGGACCCCGAAUACAGCAUGACUCAGGACCAACAGGACAACCAGACUACUGUGGAGAGGCUUAUCAUGCAGCUUAAUGAAACAGAAACUGCUUUUGACGAGUUUUGGACCAAACACCAACAAAAGCUUGAGCAAUGCUUGCAACUGCGACAUUUUGAGCUGAAAUUUCGAGAGAUCAAGACCACACUGGACAGUAUCUUUGAGAGGCUAGAGCCAUCUAGCGAUGUUGGGAACAGCUGCUCCCAUGUGGAACACAUCCUGAAGGACCUCUGCAGCUUUGAGGAAAAGUCCCAGGAAGUGAUACAGUCAGCACAGGUUUUGGCAAGAGAAGGUGAUCAUCUCAUCCUUAGCAAUCACUACGCGGUGGACUCCAUCCUUCCAAAAUGUAACGAGCUUCAUCAUCUGUGUGGAAACAUUAGCAGUCACUUUCAGGAGAGACGUGAGCAACUUCACAGGUCUUUAGAACUUCACCGAUGCCUUGAAAAGACAAUGGAGUGGUGUGAUGAGGGAAUUUACUUGCUGGCCUCUCAGCCCGUGGAUAAGUUUCAGUCCCAGGAUGGAGCUGAAUCAGCACUGCAAGAGAUUGAAAGAUUCCUUGAGAGUGGCACUGAAGUCACCAUUAAAGACUUGCACAGUGUUGUGCUGCAGUAUGAAGCAAUUCUCACUGUGGAACUACAGGACCAUGUUCACAAGGUGUUCCAGAAGCAGCAAAGUAUGCAAGAGAUGUUUGAGAAGAGGAAAGGAAGCCUUAGAAAGCUGGCAGCUAAGCAAACUCGUCCCGUACAGCCUGUAGCACCUAGACCAGAAGCACUGUCCAAAUCCCCGAAUUCUUCUCCGGGUCUGCAGAGGGCCUCAGAGCAAAGAACUAGUGUGGAAAGUGUUCUUCAAAGGCGGAUGAACUAUCGCAGAACAAAGAGUGAAGUGGAUGGUCAUGUUCAGAGUUCUUCAGUGAUGGACAAUGAAGAAAGCCUAGCAGUUUUAAGAAGGCAUGUCAUGAACGAACUUAUUGAGACAGAAAGGGUAUAUGUGGAAGAACUUCUGUCUGUGCUCGAGGGUUAUGCUGCUGAGAUGGAGAACCCUAUAAUGAUGCAUCUCUUACCUCCAAUGUUCCACAAUAAAAAGGAUGUGUUGUUUGGCAAUAUGGAAGAAAUCUACCACUUUCAUAACAGAAUAUUUCUGAGAGAGUUGGAAAAUUACGCAGACUAUCCAGAGCUGGUAGGAAGGUGUUUCCUCGAAAGGAUGGAGGAUUUGCAGAUAUACGAGAAGUACUGCCAGAACAAGCCAAGGUCAGAGAGUCUGUGGCGCCAGUGCUCUGAUGCCAUGUUUUUCCAGGAUUGUCAGAGGAAACUGGACCAUAAGCUGAGCCUGGACUCCUACUUGCUGAAACCCGUGCAGAGGAUAACAAAGUAUCAGCUUCUACUGAAGGAAAUGUUGAAGUACAGUAAGAACUGUGAAGGAGCUGAAGAUCUGCAGGAAGCAUUGGCCUCUAUUCUUGGCAUUCUCAAAGCUGUCAAUGACUCUAUGCACCUAAUCGCCAUCACUGGAUAUGAGGGGAACCUGAAUGACCUUGGAAAACUUUUAAUGCAAGGGUCUUUUAAUGUAUGGACUGAACAUAAAAAGGGUCAUUCGAAAGUAAAGGAUCUGGCAAGGUUUAAGCCCAUGCAGAGGCACCUGUUUCUGCAUGAGAGGGCAGUGCUGUUCUGCAAGAAGAGAGAAGAGAAUGGGGAGGGGUACGAGAAGGCCCCUUCUUAUAGCUACAAACAUUCCUUAAAUAUGACAUCUGUUGGAAUAACGGAGUAUGUGAAAGGGGACAAUAAGAAAUUUGAAAUCUGGUACAAUGCAAGAGAAGAAGUUUAUAUUGUGCAGGCUCCAACAGCUGACAUAAAGGCCACAUGGGUAAAUGCAAUCAGAAAAGUGUUAACUAGCCAGUUACAGGCAUGUAGAGAAGCCAGCCAACACAAAUCUGUGGAACAGACCAACAGUUCUCCCUUGCCUACUCCAUCUAGUACCAGCCCUCUGAGAAGUAAAUCUGGAAAAAUCAAAAUAUUUGAAGAAAGAAAAACAGAGCCUUUAUUAAGCCCCGACUCCUCUUCAGUAACAUUACCAAAGUAUCUUGAAAAAGGUAAAGAUGGCACAGUUAUUAGCCCUACCUCAGAAUCUUCUUCAGUUUCAAAAAAGCGCUUCACUUUACAAGGCUUUCCUAACCUCAAAACGCAGAAAGCUUCUCCUACCAGUCCUGACAAAAAAACUAAACGCCAUGAAGUAAAGAGUGACCCAACUCCCUUUGGUUUAAGAGAUACAGCUUCAGUUCUUACACUGACGAAGUGCAAAUGGCAUAGUACAUCCCAUCUGACAUCAGUAAAUGUUCGUCGACGAGGCUGGAACAGAACAUCCCAGUCACUAGAUGCCUCAGAGGAAAACGACGGGUGGUCCAGUGAGGAAGAGACAAUGAAUUCUUCAGAUGCAGAGGAAGAAGGAGGGGAAACCAUCCAUAAGAAGCUGAGUCCUGGUAAAUAUACUGUUGUUGCUGAUUGUGAGAGGACUGGGUCAGAGGACCUUCUGGUGAAAAGCGGAGAUAUAGUUCAGCUGAUACGUGAAGAAGAUGAUAAAAUGUGGUUUGUGAAGAAUCUGAGCACCAACAAAGAAGGAUUAGUGCCUGCUAGCAACCUGAUGACGCUUACUGGGGCUUCCAAAUCAGUGCAUUCACUAAGCAGCUCUGAAUCAGGGACUGCUUCCAGCACUUUAAGCACCUCAUCGAGCUGCAGCGAAAGCUGCAAUGCAAGCAGCACCAGCUUCUCUGACAUCAAGGGCUGAACGUCGGCUCAGUGUGCACAGAACAGGGAUGUCCUGGAUAGCUGAGCCCAGACUUCAGGCCCAGGGACAGGAACAGAAUGAAAAUGGAAAAAACAAUGCUCUGGGGGAAUAGAUGAUUUCCUGUUCACAAAAUGUUAGGCACCAAGUGCCUUUAUACCUGUCUCCUUGCCCUGAUUGAUUGUAUGCUCAGAAACCAAGCUAAUGACGAAAGGAGCCAAGGAGAGAACUUGUUCAGUGUCUUGUGCCACAGAGACCCAUCUACAAACUCCGCACUUUACUGUAUUGGAAGUUCAGUUUACAGCUCCAACACCAGUGUUUACACGGUCAACAUUUCACCCCUACUGUGGAUCACAGUAUCACUGCUGCAGGACAUAAAGUAUCUCGUAGUAAUGGUGCCACUAUUUUGUCCUGCAUUACCUUGGAAGAGGUGUCUUUGUACAGCUUUCCUUACUUCCUUAUUUCCAGGUGCAAAUCUGAAUCUGUAAAGACUACUUUUCCUUUUACACCUUUUUUUUUUUUAUUUCUUACUGUAGUCACAGCCCAAUUUGUGGAAUUUAUGCCUGUUGUCUAUUUGUAAAAGUAAUUUGUUGUUAUCUUUUACACGUCAUGAGAGUUUGAUACAAAAAUAUUUUUCCACCGGCUACUACAAAUACCUGCAUCUGGAGUGACUUUUAUUAUCUUGCACUGGCAAAAGUUCCAAUGGCUAAAACAAUAGAGGUGUGUGCCUAGCCCUGCUGUCAUCACUUUUGCUGGUAGAACCUAAGCUGGUUAUCGUUAACAAUGGAAAGAGAAACAAUGCAUGUACAGCAUUUUAGAUUUGUAUAGAGACAGGAUGAUUAGAUUCCCAGUUGAUUUUUUUUUUAUUUGACAGCACUGUAACCCACAUGUUAUAGAUGUCUUACCCUUGCAGGUUCAGUGUUGCGUUGCGGACCACAAGGGUGUUGACUGACAAAGCACUCAUAUACGUCCCCUCAACUGGGCUUCAUUACAAAUGUAAAUCUGCACAAAUGGGAUUUCUUUUCUCCAUAACCAUGUAAAUUGCCUGCUAUUGUCAUGUUACAUGCACCAGUUUUUAUGGCCUAGUUUUUUUUUAUAGGUUACUUUCUAACCAUAGGAGCAGAAAGGGUAACAACUAUGUAUUUGUGUAGAAAUCACAUUUCUUAAGUAUAUUCCUGUAUGUUUCACUAUGUAAGCGGGACAUCUGAAGCUGAUCGUACUACAGUCGUCUUCUCUCAGCACCUUAAUUUUAUAAGGUAUAUGAUAACAUUAUUGGUCAUAGUCGUUUCAAUAGCAUUGUUUAAUGCAUAUUUAUUGUAGGUCUUCCCUACUUCUCUGUUUCUCAAGGAAAACACUGAUUUUCCUAAUUUCAACAUUUUAGCUGGGACACUUGUUCCAGUCAGAUACAAUUGCAACAAAACGUAAUAUGUGCCACUAACUUGUACAUUUGAUACACCCACAGAAGCAAUGUUGCAAUGUUUACAUCAGUGAGGUGCCCGGUUUUCAUUUUCAAUAAAAUGAGAUCCCUAAUAAAUCUUAUGCUUUUCAGUUAGGUUCAAAGAAGUAUAUCCAAAGUACAGUGAAAGUCUAUAUAACAUUAUUAGUAAAUGUAUCUGACCAUUACUCCAACUGAACAGUUUGGUUACCUACUGAUCUGGGUCACAGUUACUGCAUUGUGUGGGGGAAAGUCUUAUGCACCCCUCCCCCCCCCCCCACCCCCCGGCUCAACUUUCAGGGACAUGGGUAUUUUGUGCACCAUAAUGAAUAUAGGAUGAUAUCCUAUUAGCAGCAGCUUACCAUUGCUAAUAGGUUAACCAAGGGCUAUUCUAUUAGCCCAGAUGCUGGUGUCCUUAUCCCCGAUACCGGCACUUAUCAGGUGCCUCAGGCACUCGAAGCAUAAUCCCCAAUAAGAGGCCACCGAAGCCAUGACAACACAUGGGAUCGGGAACUAAUACCCGAUCCCAUGUGUUUUCGUGCAAUUGUGGGUCUAUUUUCAGCCGUUAAAAACGGCCUAUAAUUGGAUACCGCAAUAAUGACCAUCGGUCAUAAAUUGUGAUAUCCGGCCAUGUUUAUAGGCCAAAAAAUGCACCGAGGCUAAUUGGCUACCUCCCAUUGUCUGCUAUUUAUAGACCAAUUUACUUGUUUUCCCAGGUUUAUACCUAAACACAAAGAAACAGCACUAUACGUCUGACACAUUUUAUUACAUACAGUACUACAAAUCUGCUAAGAUCUGUUUCUUCAUUUUAAUUAAGAACUCUUAUAGGCCCUACACACUGGCAGACAUCACUGCACGAUAUAAACGAUUUCGUUCAUUAAUGAACGAGAGAACGUUCAUGUCGUGCAGUGUGGAGGCACCAGCGAUGAACGAUGCGCGGCCCCACGCUCGUUCAUCGCUGGUGCCCGUCGGCUGUGCAUGCAGGCCAAUAUGGACGAUCUCGUCCAUAUUUGCCUGCAGUUCUAUGGAGCCAUGUGACGGGGAGAGUGAAGUAACUUCACUCCCCCCGUCACUGCCGCCGGGUCGCCCGUCGGCCAUAUCUGCCGUUUGGCAGCUCGGCGGCGGAUCGGCCAAUGUGUAGGGCCCAUUACUUUCAUACUUACUGUAUCUACUCUUUGUUUAUGGUGUAUUAGCAGAGUCUGCUACAUGCAAAUCAUCAGUGCAUUUUGUUUUAUUUAGGUUUUGUUUCUUGUUUGGCAGAAUACUAACGUUUGCUUUAGUUUAGUGCAUGAAUAAUUACAAUCUAAUCCUCUGUAAUGUGUUAGUUAUUGGACUAGCAUGCAUAUGUAAAGGCAGCGGAUGGGGCCAGCACAGUACUGUGUCACUUUUAUAACACUACUGCCCCUAAUUGGUCGAUACAGAUAUGUACAAGUCAGUUACCCCCACUAGUAGUGCACACACAUGCAGCAUGUGGGGUGGCUCUGGACUCGAUGAAUUUAAGGCUGCUUACAGUAAUCCGCAAGAAAGGACCGCCACUUUAUUCCUCGUACUACUGAUUGCAUUGAUUCUUUGGAGGUGUUCAGGGAGUGCAGCAUUAAAUAAAGAAACUGAUUAGAAAGCAGUCAUGUACACAUCUAAAAUACACCCCCACCAUCAGCUAACAAGCAGAAUGCAUGCUGGUCUACUAGGAAGACCAACCACUCAAGCAGAAUGCGUGCUGGUCUACUAGGAAGACCAACCACUGAAUUGAUUUAUGGGAACUUCCUAGUAGGCAAGGCUGGACUCUCUCUGGAUAGUUCAGGCAUUGAUGUCAAACUUUUACUUUAUAUAUGUGCAAGUAUAAAUGGAUGAACUUGCAUGAAAAAAAAUCUAAAAAUUUGGUGACUUAUGCAAAACACACCAUGUUCUAAAAUGUAGAAUUGUAUAGAAAAAAUUAACUGUUACAUAGGGGAAAAACUCAUAGAAUAAAUGUGAUUUAGUUCAAUUCUAAAUAAAAAUAUAAUUAAUAUAAUAUAUUUUUUCAAAAAAAGGUUGCGGUACUGCCAGCUGUACCAAGGUUAUAGAGAUGUCCUCACUAGUGUCCAUGAUAAUAAUGAUUCCACAGAUAUGUUUUCAGUAUAGUCUGCCGAAUGGGCACCAGAACUGAGCUCAAAACUCAAUCAAGUACUUUGGGGGGUUAUUCAAUUGUCCCCGAUAGCCGGCAGUAUAAGGGAUUUUAUUUUUCCAUUUGCCUGCAGACAGGCGAAAGAAAAUCCCCAGUGCUGUUUUGCGCCACGAUCAUGAGAACACUUAUCCUGGAUCAUAUGUGUUUUCACCUGAAAAUGGGAAAUUUUUCAUGCAGUAAAAAAAAUUGUGUUAAACUCAAGUUUUACUGCACUAAAAAUUGUUGUAUUGAGUAUUUUUACAGUUAACAAUGUAUUGCGGUAAUUCAAUUAACUGCGAUAAUUUACAGCGGCUAAUUGAUCUCCCAAUUGAGCCAACUGAUCCUCACUGAGGUCCCAAACAAAAUCCCCGAUACGGUAAGUGCAAUUUUUUUGUGAUCGCGAAAACACCAUAGGAUCAAGAAAUUCCAGGACCUAUGUGUUUUUGCAUGAAAACUGGAUUUUUUCGGGAGAGAAAAAACCUUUUAUUGAAUUGCCCAACAUCAGGCAAAAAAAUGCGGGAAAGCCCGUUUUCUUCUUGCAUAGAUUUAUCGGUCACAGUUGAAUUCCCCCCAUUGUAUCUAACUGAAGUGUGGUCAUAGGGUAUUAGCAAGGGACAUACUGUUUAGUGUAUAUAUGCUGAUCACACUGUUCUCCUACAAUAAUUGUGAAUAAAAAAAAAAAAUCAAGAUUUUAUUUACUCAUAUAAGAAAAGUUGGUAACAGAGCUCAAGAAUAUUUGAUUGAGAACCACUGUCCUAAACCAUGCAACUACCUCAGUGUGUACUUGCAGAUGUUCAUGGAAUGGUCACGUGAAGAGCUGGUUUAUUUAUUUUUGUAAGUUAGCGUUUAUGGGAUUCUUCCCUCUCCUUUUUAUAGGCAUACCUACUAUACAACCAGCAGAUAGAUGGAAUGGGCACUUGGCUAUAUAGUGAUCAUACUAAUGCAACUGCAUAAAGUUACAUCAACAACUACAAUGACAAUUAAUGAACACUCCUUAUGUUAUAUCAGGUGGCAGCCAAUCUUAAAAUGCCUGCUAAUAGCAUGUGAAUUCCAUCUGGCACCAGAUAAAAUAAAUUGGCACCUAAUAGUGUAGUAUGUAUGAAAAGUUCAAUAAAACAUGGUGCUCAAUAAUGUGCAGGUGUACUCAUAACAAACAGUAAACUCAUAUAUCGCUCUUAUCGAUUUAAGGACGAUUCUCCAGAUAUCUUUAACACGCCAUCUGUGACAAUUCACUGCCUUCAAAUAACUAAAAUAGAGGAGACUGUAUAGUGUAGGAUGAUUUAAUAUGACAUGUAUGAAAAUGCACUUUAAAAAAAAAAAUAGAGACUUAGGCGAUGUUGUAAACCAUGGGUUUUCACACUUCGGCCCUCCAGCUGCUGUGGAACUACACAUCCCAGAAUGCCCUGUCACCGUUUUCUAUUAAGGCAUGCUAAAACUGAUGAAUGGCAUGCUGGGAUGUGCAGCUGGAGGACCACAGGUUGAAGACCCAUGUUGUAAACAAUAAUGCUAAUUUUUACCCUCCUGAGCGAUACUGUUUACAAUAUAGUCCAGUGUGUAUGCUGUAGACCAGUGGUUCCCAAACUUUCUUGAAUCAUGGCGCCCUAGAGUAUCAGCAUUUUUUUUUUCAUGGCAUUUUCAUGGAACCCAAUGAUUGAUAUAUUUAGAAAAAUAUAAAAUUAUGUAAAUUGUGCCUACUUGUCAUCCUUAGGUUAUGUGGGGGUGUACAGUUGUGCUUCUGUUUGUCCACAUGUGUUAUGAUUGGCAGCCAAUAGCACUGGUUUUGCCCAUCACUUUGGCCAUAAAUAAUUUUAUUUGGUCCUGAACCACCAACCUGAGGCACUCCUGCAACAGCCUCGCGGCACCCCAGGGUGCCACGGCACACAGUUUGAGAACCACUGCUGUAAACUAUGAACGAUGUGCAGUCCCACACAUCUGUGUUGCCUGUGCAUGCAGCUUUAAUUUGGAUUAUCAUCCAAAACUGCAUGCACGGCACGGCCAGCAAUGUUGAACAGUGUGUAUACACUAUAUCGGUGGCCCGGGAGGGGAACGCGUAGUCGAUUUAUGCAGCUAUAUUCUCAACUCCUAAAAAGUAGAAGCUCUUCUAUCUCUGCAUAUGAAGGCUCAGAUUUUUGGAGCGUUAAGUAAAUGCUGCUGUUCUUUAUUUUCUUUUUGAUGUAAAUGCAUUUUUAUAUGUCAUUAAAAUAUCAUAAAUUUUAUACUAUGUGGUCUAUUCUCCUAUGUAAGUUAUCAUGCACAUAAGCAUGAAAUAGUUAUUGGUAUCUGUAGGAACACAUCUACACUUUAUUGUACUCAACGUUUUUAUUUAUACUACAUUAUUAGGCAACUAUUCCUUCUAUCUUGUUUCAACUGCACAUACACACAAAGUGUGUGUGUGUGUGUACACUUGUUCUUACUAUUGCCUUUCGGGUUUUUUCCCCUGGUGCAUUGUUUGUAAUUGGUAUUAUUGUAAGCACCAUUAUAGUAUGAAGUAUCUAAAAUAUAAAAGGGAACUUGGGAAAGUAAAAAUCUGUUGCCGCGCAUCAUUUCUCUGUUGCCGCGCAUCAUUUCUCUGUUGCCGCGCAUCAUUUCUCUGUUGCCGCGCAUCAUUUCUCUGUUGCCGUGCAUCAUUUCUCUGUUGCAGCACAUCAUUUCUCUGUUGCAGGCCUCUUUAAUCAAUGGUGGAAAAUUGGAAUUUGCACAGAUGGGGCUUCUUUAAUAUAUUUUAAGUUAUUUGUACAUAAUUUGUAAAAUACUUGUCUUAAAUAAUAUUGUGUAAACAUUUGUACUAAAAUAAAACCUGUUGCCAUGGGCCUACAGUAUGUUAAUAUUUGCCCGUGAUUUGUAAGUACUUGUCACUGCACUUUACAGACAUCAUCUCGCCUGCUUAUUUUUCUUCCGCUAAUGUAAAUUUUUGUGCAGAAUGUGAAAUAUUGUAUGUACAGUAUAAAGGUUUAUCGGAUACAUUUCAGUGACACCUGCUGUAUUCACCCGUUGUAUGUCUUUAUAAAAAGGGAAAAAAAAUACAAUUGAAUUUCAUAA